AUGGUGGUCUUCCUGGAAGAGGUACUAUGUCUCUCUGUUUCUGUGUCUCUCUGUCCUCCUCAGAGCAUGGGAAAGGGCUCCUUAUGGUGCAUAGAUCCUGAGUACAGACAGAACCUGAUCCAGGCACUGAAGAAGACGCCCUUCCACUCCCACUCCCUCUUCUCUGCCUCCACCACCUCGCCGGAGGCCUUCCAGAGGUACUGCUUCAGUGCCUGCAGACUGAGAACUGCUCAGGUUCUCCGCAGCCACAGGAGCCUGCUGUUUCUUAGGAUCGCUCUGUUCCUCACUAUCCAAGUCAACCUCUUCAAAAUGAGGCACCGGUGGCACCGAACCAGUGGCACCGGCUACCACGUUCACAGCACCGGGAUCCGCACCCGCAUCCGCGACCGCGGCGCCAGCACUGGAGCCACCAGCCGUGGACCCAGCACCGGACUCACCAGCCGCGGACACGGCCGCGGAACCAGCACCGGACUCGCCAGCCGCAGACCCGCCGGCCGCGGACUCGCCGGCCGCGGACUCGCCAGCCGCGGACUCAACACAGGACCCGACAACCGCAGACCCACUACCCGACCCGCCAGCCACGGACCGAACGGAGCCGUCAUGAUUCCUUCUGUGUUCUUUCAGUAUCUCCGUCCUCAGAUGUGGCAGAGCACUCCGUUCUACAGGAGAAAUGGGGAAGUUCUGCUACAAGUCCCUCAGGGCGUGAUCCAGAACGGAGCCCGGAUCAGUCAGGGUCUGUUCCCGGGAAUCCUUCCCCUCCCGGGCAGCCCGUCGGGCGGCAGGACCGCCAUCAGGUCAGUAUUUUCAGGUUGUCGAAAGCGAAGUGACAGCGAGCCUUCCUGUGACUCCCCAUUGGUCAGCAGCGACCCCAAGGAGGACCACACCUACAGCACCGCCCAAUCAGACGAGGGCAGUGACUCCAGUCUGCCCGGCAAUGGGGGCAGCGACUCUGACGAGGACGACAAGAGCAGGAUCAAGAAGGAGCCCAGCGAUUGGCCCCUAGACCCUGCAUCCUGCCAAUUUCCUCACCUCAAGAAACGGCAUCACUUCCUGAAGAGCAAGCUGCGGCUGGCCGGUGACUCUCUGCCACUGAAAAAGCGACGUACGGAGAAGCCGCCGGAGAGCGACGAAGACGAGGAGAUGAAGGAGGCGGCUGGCUCGUUGCUCCACCUGGCGGGCGUGAGGGCCUGCUUGAACAAUAUCACAAACCGGACAACGAAGGGACAGAAAGAGCCCGCCAAAAACUAACUGGGCCGCUUGACUCAAGAGCCCGUCACAAUACCUCCAGUCUGAGCUGAGGGUGGAGGCAGCAUCACUUUAGAUCAUUGGUGAGGACCAGGACAUCAGGUGACUCAUAAUGAGACCUUCAGUCUGAGCUGAGGGUGGAGGCAGCAUCACUUUAGAUCAUUGGACUGGACCAGGACAUCAGGUGACUCAUAAUGAGACCUCCAGACUGAGCUGAGGGUGGAGGCAGCAUCACUUUAGAUCAUUGGACUGGACCAGGACAUCAGGUGACUCAUAAUGAGACCUCCAGACUGAGCUGAGGGUGGAGGCAGCAUCACUUUAGAUCAUUGGUGUGGACCAGGACAUCAGGUGACUCAUAAGGAUUUGUUGCAAUACCAAUCCAUCCCUUCCAUUAACCAACCUACAAGGAUCCUUUACCAGGGUCACUUUCAUUUUUCUUCUUUUGCUUUGGACUUUUUUUUGUCUUGUCAAACAGGAGACUAAAGCCAUGACUAAACUUUCUCAAAUUUCGUUAACUUUGCAGUUAUUUACAGGUUUCUUUAGUCAAAGGUCCUAGUAAAAGUGAUUUAGGAUCCUUAAUUUGAAACAUUCUAACCGUCAUACCUAAACAAAUUGAAAUGCACAAUUCCCAUCAUAAACACAGACUUAGCAAUUCCCACUUUCUCAAAAAUAGUAAUUUUAGAGUACAGAACCCAACAACAUUACUCCCCGUCAAAAUUAGUAUUACUAUUAGUUCAGCUGCAAUUGAUUUAAAGUGUAAGACCGGCGAAAUUGAACUCAGGGUCUUUUUCUGCAUGAAAACAGAUCAAAUAAGCCGUCAAGAUAUUUUGUUGAUCAAUGCACUGCUCAAAUGGCUAACAGUGCAUUAAUAAUCAUAAUAUGUUUAUUUUAUUUAGAGCCUUUCUCACACUCCAAGUCGCUUUACAGUGUCAUGAGCACACGCAGAACAAGACAAAAAACAACACUAAUAAAAAUGUAAUUAAAAUUAAAUAAUACACACAGAGGGUCUAUGCAGUUGUGGUAAAGAGCCAAACAGAAAGGUAUUGAGAUGAUCUUCAAAGAGGGAAGGAGGGACAGUCACGGAGGGAUUGAGGAAGGGAGUUCCAGAGUUUGGGGUCCAAGGCGCUGAAAGACCUGCCACCCAGGGUAGAAAGUCUGGUGUGGGGGACGGAGAGGAGAUCUGGUCAGAUGAUCUGAGUGAGUGGGAUGGAGUACAAGGGGUCAGAAGGUCACAGAGGUAAGGAUAGCUAGGGGCGGUGCACCAAACGCAUCCAAAUCACCAUUUCUUUAACCACUAAAAUUUCUCAAAAUAGCACCAAACAUCUGCAGUAGCGUGACUAGGGUCCAUACACAUAAGACGAAGCAUCAUCAACUUAGUUAGCGUACCAGGAGUUUAUUUAAAAAGACUAUUACCAGUCUGUGCCUUACCGCUAGGCCCAUGUUUACAGGAAGUCCAUACAAGUAAAUUACCGAAUGCACCGGAGGGUUCCGUUCAAGGAGGAACGAUUUGGAACAUAUAAUUGAUAUAAUUUAUGUUUAUAAACAAUAUCUAGCGAGUGUUGAAACGGAAAUGAAAGGAGUUGCAUAUGUAAGUUAGACAAAAUAUUUUUUGCGGAAAUGAGGCUUCAAUCUCGCUUGACGUCACAUUGUUGUCAGAAUACGCACUGCACAUGUGAAGGAAUACGCACUGCCAGACGCAUCUGAUGAAGGCGCACUCUAUGGGAUCUGGUGAAGGCCAUUGUAGGCCGAAACCUUAUCACCAAAUAAAAUUCCAACUAUUGGAACUCGGAGUGUGCGGCACCUCCUUUUUCUUACUGAAGACUGAGACUAUUAUUAACUUACAUUUGCCCAAACAAUAAAGUACACGUGUUAUUUGUGUUCUUUUUCGAUUUGGAUGCGUUCGGCGAACCGCCCCCAAUGCACUGUUAGCCGUUUGGACUGAUAGCGUUGCUCCGGGCAAGCUCUAUACUGGCUGAUCAAUGAAAAACAAUGUCUGGAUGGCUUAUUUGAUCUGUUUUCAUGAAGAAAUACCCUGGGUUCAAUUUUUCGCCAGACUUACACUUUAACUUUAAGCCAAAUUUAAACAGUCUCACAUAAGUUGAGGAUGCUCCAUCUGGCAAAGUUAGGGCAAGAUUAAAAAAACAAAACAUUUUCCUAUGUUGUUCAUUAUUUAAUCAAUCACGAUGGUAUAUCAAAGCUUGGGAAAAUCUGAAACCAGAAAAUGCCAUUGCGUCAAAUAUUUAUCAUGUUGUGAACAUUUUGUUUGCUUAUCACAAAACCUUGAUUUAAAAAGUAUCCCAAAUAGCCAUUACAAUAUUCAAUGUCAUCCACUGUGAUCAUAGAGUAAUUGUGUUAGAUGGAUGUUAGUGUUAAUACAAAAUAAUUCAAAGCUUUCCAUUUCGAGAGCCAAAAUAAUCAUUGAAAUGUCAUUUUCAGGACAAUGUUUGGUUCGACGUUUAGAGCCUUUUGACAGAUCAGCAUUUUAAGAACCCUCACAGAAAUCGUAUUAAUAAGCAAUGCGAAAGUAAUCAAAUGUGAAUGCAAAACAAAUUAACGGUGCAUAUUGCACACAACCUCAAUACAAAUACGUUGAAACUGCACAUAAAGAAACCUGCAAAAAAUGAUUGUUUUUUUUAAGAUUUCUAUUUUUUGGCCUCUACCAUCAUAACGUACUAAAGCAAUUCCACACAGUCAGGAUAAUACUGUAUAAAGGUUACUACUAGAAUUUUUAAGUUAAAUUUCUUAAUUUAAGCAAUGUAGCGAGCAGGACUUUUUUCUAAUUGUGUUGCAUGAGUUUCUGUAAGGACAAACAAGAGAAAAAAAGGUUUUAUAUUAUGAUAUAAAAAGUUCAUGUAAGGUAAAUAAUGUAUUAAGCAUGGAGCAUGAAUUAUUUUCCUAAAACAAAUAGAGAUCCUACAAAAAAAAAAAACUGCCUCGAAACAUUGCACUUGGUCCGUGCAAAUUUCUCUCCAAUUGUCUUUUUGACCUUAAUAGUAGAUGAUUUUGGCAUUUUGUUUGCCUGUGUGUGUGUGUGUGUGUGUCCUGACCACUCUUAUUUGCUUCUUGUGGAACUGAUAUUAAUCAUGAAACUACAAAACAUGUUUUGUAGUUUCAUGAUUAAUAUUAUGUUCGCACUUGUUUAGACACAUGGAUGCAGACAAAGCGUUUUGUACUGCUUCUCUGAAAUGGUCUCAGAAGCUCCAACGGCAAUACUGUGACAAGAGCUACAAUGUAGUCAGUGUGCUAGAUUAAAUGUUAACAGAUAAAUGAUUGAGCCCUAUUUUGAAAUAUAUCGAAACAAUAAUUUAUCAUAUAUAGCUAAAUACUUUUGGCCAUGUUGAGUCAAACCUGGGAAGAAAGCUUUCACUAUAACUAGUUGGUCCAGGCCCUAAAUCUGGUGUUUCAUAAAUAUGAAUACAUAUGACUUAUGACUUAUAUUAUUAAAUAUAAAAUGACUGUCUUCUCUUUAACAGCAUGAUGCCCAUGUCAACAUUAAAGUGUCCACAGUGUCUGCUUGCUAACCAGGUUUCUUGUGGGCAUACUUCCCUUUUCCAAGUGUAUACUGUGAUGUUCUUGUCCCGUUGUUUCAAGUAUGUGAUCAUUUUGUUAUCACCUUUCCUUUUCCAGGUUUUUUGGGACAGUAUUACUUUAAUAUGUUUGCCCUGUUGCACAUAAAUAUCAAACAAAUGUAACUUUACUAUUCAACAACAACCUUAUUUAUGAAUGCCUCUGCAUCCUUCCGUCAUAUUGCCAGAUUGUUCAAUGCGAGAUAUGUACAUUCAGUGCCAAAGCCUGGAAUAAUUUUAUAAAACCUGAAAUAGGCAGCCCACAUACUUGACCUGUAUGUUGGACAAAAUUGCCAGUGAGUUGUAGCAUGUCUGUCUGAACCUCUCGUGCAAUGUGUAAUUUACAUAAUAUGUAUUUGUGCCCCACACUACUUGCCGUAUGUUGUAUAUCAGAAUAUUGGGUUUGACAAUAUUCUUGUGAUGUUUAAGGUUUAAAUGCAUAAAUGGUAUUUUGACCAGCAUUUGAUGUGGUAAAAAAUAACAAAAGUCUCCUCGAUAUUUCUCAGAGCAGUACAUUUCAAUCAUGUAUUACACCUUAUUAUAUUAUUUAAGCAAAAGUACAUUUAAGAAACCACAUUGAUUGCAAGAAAAGGGCAUGUUCAAGGUGGCGUAUGGUAAAUGAAUGCAACUGUUGUGCCUAACUGAUGCACUGUGCAUUUUGCAUUCGUUACCACUAUUGAUUUGCUGCUGGCUGUGUUAGCUUCGCAAAUUAGCACGAAUAAGAGAUUCAUUAACAGGCUAACAUGGCGGCAGUUUGGAGAUGGCAAUGGUUGUUGGUCUUUCUUAAAACUUGUCCGUUUAUUUGAGUACAUUUAUUAUCUAACUACAUUUUUAACCUCAAAUCAAAACACCUGUAUUUUGGAAUGUCAAACAUGGCAGUCGUGUCAAAAGUAGUGAUGUUUAUUUCCUGUUAAGGAAAGAAAUAAGGAAAGUAAGCACAUCCUGGUUUCCAACACUUUUGAACUGCUUUUGUAUUUGAAGCAUCAAGGAUGUGAAAAAUUGUUAACGGUUAACCUGCCUCCAUUAUGUGGUUGAGCUUUGACGUGCUUCCCUUAAAGUAAGAACAAAAAAAAGUAAAGUUAAAUACUUAAAUACCCUAUUUCAGUCAAAACCUUAUUUCAGUUUACUUUUACUACAACAGAAGUUAAGCUGGUCAGUAUUUCAUUGGCAGCAUACCCCACUUUGACCAACUUAUCCCAAAGGUGAAUACAAAUAUUGAAAACACCUAUACACUUAAUUGGAGUUUCAAAUGGCAAACUAGAUAUCACAAAUAGUACAUUUGGAUGUGUAAAAAUUAAGGUCUUCAUUUUAGGGUUACCCUCUGAUUUGACUUUGCCUGUCUUAAAUAUUUUUUGUCUUCCAUGAAAUCCAAUUUUGCUAUUGUGUUUUUGUACUUCCUGGACAGUAUACACCAUACAAAUGGACUGAUUUGCAAAGUAAUUGAACAUCGGCCAAGUUUUCUAGUUCUAUCCAUUUUUAAGGUGGUCGUCGAGCUAAGCCGUGUCACGUGCUGAAGCAUGACGUGUUUAAUGAAAGUCUACAGUAUUUGUUGCACACUGUGUGGUGCACUAUAUGUCUGUUGCGCUGCCAAAUCAUUGUGUUUUUUCCUAUGUCAAAAACACUUGUUCUGAUGACAUGACCUUCCAAAUUCUCUUUCAAUAAUGAGACGUACGUUCUGUAUCUUCCUUGCUGAGCGAUCAUAUUGCCAAAGACAAACAACCCUCAUUAUUAAAUGUAAUUAUCAUCACUUCAUCACUCUGGACGUAGGUUUGUUUCUUUGAGUUUUGUCUCCCUGUGUUUCCCCCCCAGACAAAAAACCAACCAUAUACUUUCUGUGCCGUUUUGUCUUCCAGUUGCAAUAAAAACGAAACAUGUGGUCUCUC